AUGGCCAUUCGCGAGAAGGCAUUGGCGGCUUCUGCAGGCCCUGAGGAAGCCGAAGGUACUGAUGAUACGGCGAAGAGCAAGCAGGGUAAUGGCAAGAAGGGCUCCAAGGCCGACAACGCUCCAGGCUCUGAGAAGGCUGCGGACAAGGAUGGUGAAGAGGACCUGCGGGCUGCCAUCGCACUGCUCGAGAAGCGCGGUGUUAGCAUCGGCGAGGCCGAGAAGGCCAAGGUCGUCCCCCCCAAGGCUGAAGGUGCUGGAGAUCAAGUGCCCAGGGCCAAUACUCAUUAUUCAGUUGUGCAGACCGCUAUGUGGCGGUGGUCCCAUGCGCAGGAGAAGCUGGACAAGGCUCGCACUGCGGCCGACGCUGCGGUUGAUGCGCCGCGCGAGGCGCAGGAGCGGUGGAACACGGCCCAACUCGAUUACACCAAGGCGCGGCAGGUGGUCUUGCUGAUCCCGCUCGAUGACUUGCUGCAGUGCUGGGGGUCGGUCAAAUUGUGCGUGGGCGUCGACCAUUUGACGCUGGCUGUUCAUGGGCGGCUCCGGGUCAUCGAGCUGGCCAUCGCUAAGGGCGCGGAGUCGCUGCGCGGCGAGCUGGAGGGGAUCGGUUUCAAGAUCCCCUUCGCCGGAGGGAACGUGAUCUCCUGCAGCCUUGUCGUGGGCAGCGCGCCACCGGGGCUCGAUGAGGUCUUUCGUGGUGGAGGCCUGGCAUCAGUGCUUCACGCGGCUCGCGUGCGCGGAGUCCUUGAUGGAGCCCUGCAGCGGGCUCGGAUGGCGGGCGAGGCGGACAAGCGGUCCAGGACGGCCCAGGUCGCGACCAAGGGGGACGGUGGCUGGAGACGGGGCCUCACCUACGCGAGCAACGCUGUGCCCUUGGUGGCCUGGGCCAAGGCAUCCUGCGUGCGUCUGCGCACUCCAGCGGCCUUCGAGGCGAUGCGCGGCAAGGUUGGGCUGGACUUUUUCGGGCUGGGGCCGUUGGGCCACGGGCGAGGGCCCGUUGCUUGUCCCGACUUCUUCAGGGGGCGGUCCCCGGUCGACCCGCUGUGUCACUGGUGCUACGCCGCCUUCGGCACGCAGCACCGCGGGCUCUUCUGCUGUGAUGGUGCAUGCCAGCUGGUGGCUUCCUGGGACUUGUGA